UCUUUUUCUUUCGCGCGGGAACAUGGGAGGAAGGCAGAAGGAGCCCCAAAGUUUCCCGCGUUUCAUCGCCCCAAACCAGCCUCCCGCCUCCGAAAUCUGAAUCCAGCCAGUGUCGCCGCCGCACCCACACCACCGGUGCGCGCCCCUUUCCCACCGCUCGAGCACGAUGUCAUCGACGAGGGAUCUAGCCAUAGCCUCUAUCUCAGCUGCGGCCGGCGCCGUUGCUGCCGCCGCAGCGCUGCGCUUCCUGUCUUGCUGCAGGACAUCCUCCGUCAGGCCCCAGAACCUGUCCCUCGCCGCCAACGGGUCCGCCUCCGAGCGACCGCUGGGCCAGUCCCCCUUCAAUCCCGCCAAGAGGGAAGGGUAUAUCUCCUGGGACGACUACUUCAUGGCGAUCGCCUUCCUUUCGGCUGAGCGAUCCAAGGAUCCUAACAGGCAGGUUGGAGCAUGCUUGGUUAGCCAAGAGGGAAUAAUCCUAGGAAUUGGCUACAACGGCUUCCCUAGAGGUUGUUCUGAUGACAAACUUCCUUGGGCAAAGAAAUCUGCAAAUGGAGAUCCACUAGAGACAAAAUUUCCCUAUGUUGUUCAUGCUGAAGUUAAUGCAAUUCUAAAUACAAACCAUGCCUCAGCGGCUGGACAGAAAUUAUAUGUCACCAUGUUCCCAUGCAAUGAAUGCGCCAAAAUUAUCAUUCAGUCAGGCGUAUCUGAGGUCAUCUAUUUUGUCGAGAAAAGGAUCGACAACUCAGCUCAUGUCUAUGUCGCCUCUCACAAGUUGUUAUCGAUGGCUGGUGUCAAGGUCAGGAAGCAUCAGCCCCAGAUGACGCAAAUACCGAUCAAGUUCCAGGAGCCAUGAAGCCGGUACUCGUGAACGAAAAAAUGGUGCAAUGAUCGUGUCAAAUGUGACAAGUGACCCUGCCAGCCUCAGCGUUCUCAGCUGGCAUGCAGUGUCAGGGUCAGACCACUUCCUUGCUCUUCAGGGAGCUGUUGUAACUUGUAAAAUCAUAAGCUUUGGAUUCGUACCGGUAAUGUAUAGGCAUUUCAAAAUUCCUUUCUGAUACCAGACACUCCUGUCAUGUCGUGGGGCCGUUGUGGUGCCCUAUGGUUAGAAGAUCAUCCCCUGCUCUUCAUCAA